GCCACAUCAAGCAGCACUGCAAAAUGGCUAGAGUAGCAGUGGCCGGCGUCCUUGCGCUUGCGGCAACAACAAUAGCCAUUUGCGCCGCCGUCUCGUCGGCCACGGUGACCGUGAACGAGCCCAUCGUGAACGGAGCUUCUACGACGCGUCCUGCCCCUCCGUAGAGGGCAUCGUGCGCUGGCACGUCGCCGACGCCCUCCGCCGCGACAUGGGCAUCGCCGCCGGCCUCAUCCGCAUCUUCUUCCACGACUGCUUCCCGCAGGGCUGCGACGCGUCCGUCCUCCUGUCGGGUUCCGACAGCGAGCAGAAUCUGGGACCCAACGAGACGCUCCGUCCCGAGGCGCGGAAGCUCAUCGACGACAUCCGCGCCGCCGUCCACGCCGCCUGCGGGCCCACGGUGUCCUGCAUGCGCCGACAUCAUCACGCUAGCCACCAGGGACGCCGUCGUCGCGUCUGGAACGCGGCGCAGGUGCUGGACGUGCGCACGCCCGACGCCUUGGACAACAAGUACGUACUGCUUGGACCUGAUCGCGAAGCAGGGGCUGUUCAAGUCGGACCAGGGCCUCAUGAGCGACGGCAACACGUAAACAACCGCACCGCCACGCGCUACGCGCUGAACCAGGCCGCCUUCUUCGCAUCUGCAGGCCACAGCGACGAGGGGCUCGCGGCCGACGCGUGAUUACAAAAUUAAAGAGGCAUCGAUCAUCUCAUCGCGGCCGGCCGUGCGUACGUGUGUGUGUCACUGGCCUUGCUAGCGCAUGCAUGCAUUUGCAUCCUCUGUAUCGUCGUACGUGUUAGCUUACGAAUUUGUUAUAAUAAAUGGCCAAAUGCAUGGGUGACGAUCGAGAUCAGAGUAGAAGCAAGAUCCAUCUUUUAUCUGUGUAUAUAUCCUUUUUGCCUUUUCUUGCCCUAAAAAUGGCGAUCGAUUACAACUGUGUCUCAUGGAGGACGAAGCAACUAACGUACAGCACCUGCAACUGUGCAGCACAGCGUGGGCGGUGGCCGGUCCGCCCGCCUGAUCGACUCACGGUCACCGCGACGAGCAGGAACCAGGAAGUCCGGCCGGUGGCACGCUAGUGUCGACGUACGAUGCAUUUCUGGAUUUUUCCGCAAUAACGGAAACGGGCGGGAUCGGAUUCGGAUAAUAAGUUCCGUAACUGUUGUUAUGCCGGCUCCAACUGCUGCUAGCUAUAUGCUGGAUCGAAUCACUUACGCUUAUUGUUUCAUUCAUUGAUCUGGCGCGUCCACUGUUGGGUCUCCCUCUUUUGUGUCUCAGAUAAUCCAGAGGGACACUUCUUCGCUGCCCUUCUCACUUUCUUUAUGACGACCGACCAAAUUAUUGUUAACAGCAAUUGGCCAUGGUGAUGAUAAUUAUAUAUACUUUGAAUAUGCAAUACGCAUUACACUAAAUAUUGAAUUAUGACUGCCUAUGCAUACCCAAGCAAGGUUAGUAGUAAGUGCAAAUAAAGGAUAUAACCAAGUCGGCACGGAAAUAGAAUGGGAUGCGUUACAGUGGCUUGAUUACAUUAUGCAUGACUGAUGGCUUUAGUUCUUCCUUAUGUGUGUUGUCAAUGAUUUCAAAUCAUUCUCCCGUGGAAAAUUCUUUUCCUUUUGAUUAGCCCCUUUCUUCUUUGUAUAUAUUUGGCUAAUAACUCUUCAAAGCUUGGCCUCACCUUGCUUUUCAAUUUAGGACUUUUGCAGACCCGGUGUUUUUGCUUUUGCUCUACCCCUCAAAAACUCUUGCUUGCAUUUUUCUAGCAGUUUAGGCUUCUCCACCAAUGAUUACUUCGAGAUCGAUGAUCUGGUGGAGCACUUCUGGGCGCUUCAUGGCACUAGCUAGGUAGCAUGAUCUGUUGUAAUUUUAUCAUAAUUUGUUGCUAUGUGGUGUCAUAGACAAUUUCAGGCCUUGUUUAGUUCGCAAAAUUUUUU